AUGGCCUCCUCUCUUGAACCAGUCACCUCGGCAAAAGCGGACGUCGACACCGUGGAGUCCCUCGCCGUGGAUCCAGUCGAUCAAAACAACUUUGUUCAGACGAUCCAGGAUGCCCAGGUUGCCACCAGCAAGGAACACUCCAUGUCCGUCUGGAGAGGCAUCAAGCUAUACCCAAAGGCAAUUGGGUGGUCUGUUUUGCUGUCAACAGCCAUUAUCAUGGAAGGCUACGAUGUUGUUCUGAUGAGCUCUUUCUAUGCUAUGGAGCCCUUCAACAAAAAAUAUGGUCAACUACAACCGGACGGAUCUUACUCGCUCACAGCUGCUUGGCAGGCUGGUCUGUCUAAUGCUAUGAACGUCGGUCAGAUCCUGGGCUUAUUCAUGACGGGGUUUAUAUCCGAGCGCCUCGGAUAUAGAAAGACAAUGAUGUCGGCCCUCGCUGCGGUGACGAGUUUCAUCUUUGUUCUCUUCUUUGCUCCCAACCUCCCUGCUCUUUGCGCCGGCGAGAUCCUGAUGGGAAUCCCGCUGGGCGUCUUUCAGACCUUGACUGUCACGUACGCCUCGGAAGUCUGCCCUGUGGUGCUGCGUUGCUAUCUCACCACCUACGUCAAUCUCUGCUGGGUCAUGGGCCAGCUUAUCGCUUCCGGAGUUCUUCGCGGCCUCGUCAGCAGGUCGGAUGAGUGGGCUUAUCGCAUCCCAUUUGCCAUUCAAUGGAUGUGGCCAGUUCCCAUCAUGGUUGGCGUUUUCUUCGCUCCCGAAAGCCCCUGGUGGCUUGUCCGGCAAGGGCGUGAGAUGGAUGCCGUGGCUGCUCUGAAACGCUUGACGAGCAAGGCCGACAUCGACUUCAACCCUGACGAGACUGUGGCCAUGAUGAUCCACACGAACGAACUCGAGAAGGAAAUUGAACAAGGCACCACCUAUUUUGACUGCUUCAAAGGCGUCGACCUUCGCCGUACUGAGGUGGUCUGUUUCACUUGGGCUGCCCAGAACCUCUGCGGUGCAGGUAUCAUGGGGUACUCAACCUACUUCUAUACCCAAGCCGGCUUGGCCACAGAGAACGCCUUCAACAUGUCUCUAGGCCAGUAUGCUCUAGGCUUCUUCGGCACUAUAUUCUCUUGGUACCUUAUGACCCAUCUCGGACGACGCACUCUCUAUGUUGGAGGCUUGGCUAUUCUCUUCGUCAUCCUCUUGGCUAUCGGAUUCACUUCGCUAGCCGGGAACCACAGCGUUGCUGCUUCAUGGGCUACAGGUUCAUUGUUGCUAGUAUAUACCUUCUUCUACGAUUCAACUGUAGGACCUGUGUGCUACUCACUUGUCUCGGAGCUCUCAUCAACCCGUUUGCGAGCCAAGACUAUUGUCCUGGCCCGAAACCUUUAUAACAUUUUUAGCAUUGUCAACGGAGUUAUCAUUCCGUACAUGCUUAAUCCCACAGCGUGGAACUGGCGUGGAAAGGCUGGUUUCUUUUGGUCGGGCCUGUGCUUCCUCUGCGUUGCCUGGACCUACUUCCGCCUCCCAGAGCCCAAGGACCGUACUUAUGGAGAACUCGACGUUUUGUUCCAACAAGGCGUCAGCGCUAGGAAGUUCAAGGAAACAUCAGUGGAUCCCUUUGAGCAUGGCACGCACGAGAAGAAGGAAAGAUCCGAUGAGUGA